GCUUUCAGGUUUUUUUUAAUUCUCUUAACUCGCAUUUUUCUGAUUUUUCUAUUUUUUGUUGAUUAAAACCGAAUCGGGAAACUCAGAAACGAAGCCGUAAACGUCCUCUGAGCCUCUUCUUCCCCCCUUCAGCUUCCUCUUCCUUUACUUCUAAACCUCUUCUACUCUUCUGCUCGCGUUGUCUGUGUUUAGAUCUACUAUUCUCCCCGCAAUCACGCGUGCCUGAAUCUGGCCGUCGCCCGUCAUUCAACAAGGAGCCAACUGAGCCGCGCGUCCCUACAGCCUCUUCUCUGCCAUAAAUAAUCAUCACCCGCUCAUCUGCACCCCUCGACUGGCCACCAUUUCUCCAUUGCAAUUGACUCACACGCAAGUUGUCAUGUUCAGCAGACGUCGCAGAUCUGUCUCGCCUGGGGCGGGAUUCAAAGUCCACUCGGUGGUGCGCGUCACCGAUUCUCUAGAUGGAUUCUCCGCUGCCGGGCCCGCCGCGCCUCUCUCCCCACACUCGCCCUCAUAUGUUCCCGAAAACAGCAGCUUCCAGCCCAGCGAAUACAACCGCAGCAGACCGGGCGCCGACGUUCCUCCACGGGCAGACGUGCCUACCAUUGUCAUGACCUCGCACCAGCCAGACGCUCGCGACUCCUCUCCCGAUGAGCUAGAAGACUCCUACCAGACCGCGCACUCCCCCAGCUCCGCACUCGACUACCAAACCGCCGCUCCCGACCGGAGCUACCGUCUGUCUGUCGACUCGCAGUACUCAGUCACAUCGCAGGGCUCGGUCGGCAGCGCCUCGAGCGUCUCCGAUUCGCGACGGAACCGAUUCAGCGCCGCGUUCAAGGACAAACUCCAUCUCUCCCGCAGCGGAUCCGCCGACUCGCGCGGCGAAGAAGCUACACCGUCUCCCUCUGGCGGAAGCUUAGUCGCUCCCUACGGACGCGCACGGAGCAACAGCGGACACCGCCACAUGCGCAUCCGGAGCAGCUCGUCUGAUAAGCAGCGGCAUCUGAGCGCGAGCAGCUCGCACUUGCCCGAGGAUCUGCCGGCGCUGAGCGCGGAGGACGCGUUGGAAGCGCGGCUGAAGGCGAAAGAGCAGCAGGACUCGGACGCGGCCGUGUACGAGACCGAGAUGAUGUGGGAGUCGCGCGCGGUGAAGCUUGCGAUGAAGGAGAGCGAGGUGGAUAGGAGCGUUGCUGGAAUGCAGAGUCUUCGACUUUCGCAGAGUUCCUUUUCUGGGUCGGCGGCAUCUGAUCUUUCGAGCUCUACCGCCGGUAACGGCAGUCUAUCUGGAGUGUCUCCGACUUCGCAUGCCGCCACGCCCUUCUCUGAAUCCACCGAAACCGACCUGCAAACCGCGAUCGACCUCCACGAAAGCGGCCAGCUCGAGCAGUCCACGCGAUUAUUCGGCCAGCUCGCCAACCCAGAAGGCGCAAACCACCCGCUCGCACAGGUUCUUUACGGCCUCGCUCUCCGCCACGGCUGGGGUCUCGCGCCGGACCUGAACAAAGCAAUCUACUACUUCCGCCUGGCGGCCUCGAACUCUGCAUUCAUCGAAGACGCAGCUAAACGCGCAAACGUGAAGAUGCACGCGCGGAACCGAAAGGCGGGGGUCGGAGGCGCAAAGGGAGAGCUCACGCUCGCGAUCUUUGAGCUCGGGAAUUGUUUUAGGUAUGGCUGGGGAGUCGAGCAGGACGCUGUAGCUGCGAAGCAGUAUUACGAGACGGCCGCGAACCUCGGCGACGCGGACGCCAUGACUGAGUGUGCAUGGUGUUACCUAGAAGGAUUUGGCUGUGAGAAGGAUAAAUUCCUAGCAGCGCAGUUUUACAGGAUGGCAGAGGAAGCGGGCAAGGCGGAAGUAGGACAGUCGUGGAUAUGGAAGCCAAAGUACGAUCCCACGCCGGAGAAUCUGUCGACGCGGAAGAACGGGUCGCGGCGGCGACAUAUGUUUCAUAAGAAGUAACUGCAAGAAACUGCAAGAAAAGAGAGAGUAGUGCGUUUGAUUUGUUUUGGGAUUUGUGAAAUUGCAUUGGUGGAGAGUGUGAGAUUGUUAUUCAUUUGGUUCCAGAGAUUUAUGGAAAAGUGUGUAUGUACAUAAUGACCCUAGACAAGGAAUCAUAAAGGCGUCUUUUUGCGAAUACUGCUGCAAGACAGGGAGGGAG